AUGGUUCCUGAUAACCAGGAAAGUCCUGAUGGAUCUAUUAAGAAAGAGGAAGAGUUCUUCGAAUUUGUUUCGAAGCUACGAAAAGAAUUGAGCAGUUCCUGUCCCCCAAAGCUCAGAUCGAUUAUGCGCUUUUCGUUAUUUGGGAUCUUGCUUCUAUCAUUCAACAUUAUGAACCUCUCGUAUUGUUCAAGAUUUGACUUCAAGUAUCCUUUGGUUGAAAUAAUCACUCCUCUUGUGAAUAUGAAAGAUUUGCCCACAAGCAGUUACAGUUUGUACACCAAACAGAACUACACUUUUGACAAUGAUUUCUUGACUGAAAUAUUGAAGGAUGUCUACUUAAGACACGAACAAGAAUACCUACAUUCCAUGAGCAACAGAACCAUUAUUGUCCAGCCUAGCAUUACUUGGGAUAUCGAGAGGAUAAUAAUUCAACUUAGAGAGGGCACGUACGAUUUUGAGUCCAAAAAAUUGAUAUUCUCUAACCUCACCGUAAUUGAUCAAAUUGUGGAAGAAAGUCCCAGAAGCACCGCCAUUUUCAAUCUAAAAAUACCAAGCAAGUCCAGUAAUGGAUUCUUUCAACAAAGAUUUCUUAGACAGAUAAUCGGCACUUUGUUCUACUUUUCAGAAAAGUCAAAAAUUUCUAAGGGCAUCGACUUGUUGCAGAAACUACUAUUCUUUGCGGAUGUAGCAAAUGUGUCUAUUCUAGUCUCUGCUAUGGUACUUUUUUUAACAUCUGUUCCCAUGGUUUUAGUCCAAAAGAAAACUACUUAUAUGAAGUUGAUUCUAGAAAGCCUUCCAUUUGUGCUGAUUUUAACUAAUUUUGGCUUUUCGUUAUUCAACACCGUUGUUUGGAUCAUCAUUAGUUACUCUUUCCCAUAUUGGAAAUCUGUUUCAUUCGUUAUCUUCUACUUUUUUCAGUCGUUAGUAACGGUUGUGAUUAUAUUCAAGUUAUUCUUAAGAAACACCCAAGAUGAUAAUCAGAAGUUGUUAUCAGCAUUACCUUCUGUCUUUGCUUCAGAUAGUUCUUAUCCUUCAGUCACUACUCAAAAUGACAGCCCUGACGCCAUGCACUCAUUCGAGAUCGAACCACAAAGUAAGCCGUAUUCCAACAGAAUCCGUAUUCCAUAUACUGCAGCUGCUCCCACGAAUACAUCAGCGGCCAGAGAUACUGAUGAUAUUAUUAGAAGGUGUGCAACAGCUCCUGCUAGAAGUGAAUGCAUAGAUGUUGUAGAACCAUUGAGAGCAUCGUUCGACACUUUGGAUAUCCGCUCGCUUACUAGAAGAAGAACAGCCUCUCGAUUUACGGAAGAGUUAGAUUAA